GCGUCCAUCGCGCAGCGGACCACUGCAUUCUUCGCAAUGGACAACAGUACAUUCUAUACGCCAACAAAUGCCUCUUCAUCAAGUAGGUUGCCAACCUCCGUGUUGAGGUCGCGCAAACGUGACUCAUUGGCUGCAGAGCUCGAAAGCGACCCACAGCUCUCUACCUCUAGGCGGAAACAGCUUUAUAACUCAUACUCCUCUAAUGCGGCUCAUCUAAGAAUGCAAACUGAGUUGGCAGAGCUGCAAACACUGAGGGCGGAGCUGCAGAAGACGGUCAAGGAGCAGCAGAUCCAGAUUGACUCCCUCGAACGGGACAGACGCUUCCUGUCAGAUAGGGAGGAAGAAGAGAUGAGGGAGAACGAGCUGUUAAAGAAAGAACGCGAACAAACAAAACGUCAACAUCGGGAUCGUCUAUCACAGCUUCAAGGUGAUCUACAAAGUCUGCAGGAACAGUAUGCAAGCUUGAAAGAUGAACACGCGUCGCUAGCCAGAAGCACCAGCCAGACCAUCGCCACUCAGAAGUCACAAAUCAUGGCGCUCACUCGGCAGGUCUCUCUCCUCGAAGAUCAGUCAGCAGAAUUCAAGCGUCUCGCAGAAGAGAGAAACAAGGCUGUUCAAGAAUUACAGAUGCAAUUCGAUGACCUCAAUGCGUCGCACGACAUGUCCAUCCACGAGGAACAUGAAGUGGAGAAUUGGAGGGUAUACCGACCUGAACUUGAGCGACAGCUGGAGAAGAUGCAUGCGCUUGAGGCUGAGAAUGCGACGACACGGUCCGAGUUGCUUCGGAUGAGAGAUAGGCACGCGAGCAUCGAGGUCAUGAGGGAGCAGAAUCGCGACCUUGAGCGUAAAGCUCGAGGAGCAGAGGAAUUGCGAGACAAAGUGGUCCGGCUUGAGGCUGAACUCGAGGCCUCAAGGAAGGAGCGAGAGGCGGAAAUUGAGCAUGCAGCUCCUUCGACACCAUCGAAAACUCCAGUGUCCAUUACCCAGAGUCUCUCAGAUCUCCGCCUCGCACAUGCACGUCUACUUGAGAAGCACGGCUCUACUGUUGUCAGUCUCCGCCGACGGGAAACCGAACUCGCUGAAUCCGAACAACGUGUCUCUGAGCUGAAGACAUCGGUAGAGCAGCUGCAAGUCGAAGCACGCGAAGACAAGGACAAGCUCCUGCGUCGCGAGCUUGAGAACUCCAUACAGAAGACAGAUAUCGAUUUCUUAAAGGCUAUGCUGGACUCAUACUCUCAGGAACUCUCGCAAGAACAGGAUAUAAAAAAGGAAGGAUCUGCUGCGGAGCGGAUCAAUCAAUUGGAAGAUCUGCUUGCUGAGUACAGAGCCUCGGUGCUGCAGACCGAGCAAGACUUGGGUGAGCUCGUUGUUAGUGCUUCCCAGCGUGGCGAAGGCGAAGGUUUCAAACGGUUACGAGACGAUCUACGGAAGGAGCAGGCUGCCAGGCUAGAAGCCGAAAAAGCCCUCGAAGAAGCGGAGAAAGUUUCAGAGGCACUCGAACAGAGGAUCGAGGAGCUGGAGCAGACUUUGUUCGAGCUCCGCGGGGAGAUCGGUGCGGGCAGGCAUUUGCCGCCGGGCAUGCGUGUGCUGUCUCUCAGGGACAAUCCGGCGCAGCAGUGGGAAGACCUGAGCAAAGCUGCCAUGGACCGUCUCAAAGGCGAGAAUGAAGCACUUCUGAAUCGGUUGAAAGAGCUCGAGGAGAGCGGAGUGAAGGGAGGUGCAGCUGUGAGCGGCCAAGAUUUGGUGCCGCGAGAGAGUUGGGAGGUGCUCAGCAAGGAGAAAGCCGAGCUGCAGGAUCAGCUGAAGCAGAAGGAGAAGCGGCUGUUGCGGCUGCAGCAGGUUUUUUCCGCAAAGAGUGCCGAGUUCCGCGAGGCGAUCGCGUCGAUCCUAGGCGUGAAGCUCGCGUUCUACCCGAACGGGCAGGUGCGUGUGACGUCGAUGUUCGACUUGAACGCUGCGUUCGUGUUCCAGCCGACGGGGUCGGGCGAGGGCGAGGGCAUGCGGAUGCAGCUCGUCGCUCAGGGCGAGGGCGGUCCGGAAGAAUUACCACAGCUCAUGCAGUACUGGGUAAACCAGGAGCAGUGCAUACCCGGCUUCCUGGCGAGCGUUACUCUGCAGUGCUACGAGGCGAGCAAGCUGGAGCAGGAGAGGUCACAUGGGCAGUAGUCGAUCAUUUUCCAUCAGGUGUUUUACCCUUCAUACAGUUACGCAGGAACGCGAGAACGUUGCUACGACGAGUUAAAUUGACUGAAUGUAAUAGCAGAAUUUAUGGAGAAUCAUCAUGGCUGUGCAGGGCCGUUGGCGUAAGC